AUGCCGAGGUGCAUUAAAUGUUUAUCUGAAAACGACUCUGCAUCGGAAGACCGACAUUGGCACAGGAUAGACACCUUGUUCAUGAAUUGUGUUUCCAACGGCACCGUUUAUGAGGAGGCGGUUGGACGAGAAGGGAGCUGGGCCAGGCUGUGCGACGGAUGUUGCGCGGUGCCAAGCGUGGUGUACUGCCGCGCCGACUCCGCGUACCUCUGUGCAUCUUGUGAUGCACAGAUCCACGCCGCAAACCGUGUGGCCUCGCGCCAUGAGCGUGUGCUCCUCUCCGAGGCCUACAAGCAUGCACCAGUGGUGCUGGAAUGUCAUGCAGAUGCUGCAGCGUUGUGCGCCGCCUAUGAAGCACAGGUACACUACACAAACCUGCUUGCCACGAUGCACCAGCGCGUGCCCGUGGUGUCACACCCGGUCGCAGCCAUUCCAGCUGCUUCUUUAUUUGCCGAGGCAGCAGCCACCGCUCCUGUCCUCGGCAGCAAGGAAGAGGACGCCUCUUGGCUGCUGCCCAGCAAAGAUUCUGAUAACCAUAAUCACAGUGGCAACCACAGCAGCAGCAGCAGCAGCAGCAGCAGCAGAUAUUUUGGUGAAGUGGAUCAGUACUUUGACCUUGUCGGGUACAAUUCUUACUAUGAUAGCCACAUGAACAACCAAGAGCAGUAUGUGAUGCAAGAACAACAACAUCUGCAGCAGAUGCAAAAGGAGUACGCGGAGCAGCAGAUGCAAAAGGAGUACGUGGAGAAGGAAGGGAGCGAGUGCAUAGUACCUUCGCAGUCUGCAAUUGUGAGCAGGCCACAUCAGAGUGGUUAUGCACCACUUGUAGGGGCAGAGCAGGCUGCCUCCGUGACUGCUGGGGUUAGUGCUUACACAGAUUCCGUCAACAACAGCAUAUCUUUCUCAAUGGAGGCGGGUAUAGUACCGGACAAUACGGUCCAGUCCAGCAUCCUGAGACCAGCUGGAGCCAUCGGUCUCUUCUCAAGUCCUUCACUUCAGACACCAAUUCACUUCAGCUCCAAGGAGAGAGAGGCCAGGGUCCUCAGGUACAAGGAGAAGAAGAAGAGCAGAAAGUUUGAGAAGACCACACGUUAUGCAACAAGGAAGGCGUAUGCCGAAGCACGGCCAAGGAUCAAGGGGCGCUUCGCCAAAAGAUCAGAUGCAGACAUGGAAGCGGACCAGACGUUCUCAACUGCAGCCCUAUCUGACAGUAGCUACAGUACAGUCCCAUGGUUCUGA